AUGAUUAGUGGGUUUUAAACAGGAAAAAAUUAAAAAAUUUAGUUAGUUGAAAAUGAAAAAUGCAAAAAGAUAAUAAUCUAAUUUGAAGAUCUAUCAGAAGAUGAAGAAGAAAUAAAAAAUUCAGAAAAUUAACCAACAAAAUAGGAUUUGAAUUUACUUAAUUCACUUACUAAGGAAGCCAUUAAAAUUAACAAUUAACUUUAUCAUCCUAGUAAAUUUGCAGAACAAGAAUUUAAAUUUUUGAGUAAAACACCUAGAGAUUCACUUUCAGAAAAGAAAAUCUCAUUUUAAACUGUAAUUAUGGGAGAUGAAAUAUAAAAAGAAAUUAUUACACCAAUUAAAAAUAAAGAGUCAAAUAAUAAUGAGAUUUUUUAAAUGAAUGCCAUAUUACUUUCAAAAAUUAGCAAAUUACCGAAAUGUUUAAUUGGAGAAAGAUUUUAUGAAUUAUCAAAAUAAUUUAUGAAAAAUUCUAUAUUGAAAUUAAGUUCAUUUUGUAGAUCACCAAAAAUACCCUAAAAUUUAGAUUGGUAAUUAAUUAAGGAAUAUUUUAAGUAAUAUGAUGUUGAAAUUAAUUGGCUUUUUCAAUAAGCUAAAUUAAUAUUUUGGAAAUUAUAGUCAAAAAAUAACUAUACAGAUUAAAAGCUACUUUUAGAAUUAGAAUAUCGUUAUUUUAUUUAAUAUAGAUUAUAAAGUAGAACAAUAAUUCAAGAAAUAUGGACAAAUGAUUAAUCAUUAAGUCAACAUAUGAUAUUAUUAGUAGUAGCUAUGGAAUAAUGUUAAGAUAGAAUGAUUUUAGAAUUAUCAGAUGGAUGGUAUUCAUUAUUUUAUAUUUUUGAAUAAAGUUAUGAAUAGAUAUACAAUAAGAUCAAAAUUGGGCAAAAAUUGCAUGUAACAAAUUUAAAAGAAUAUCCUAUAAUAUUUAAUACUUCUAAUGUAUAGUUAUAGUAUCAUCUAGGUUAAAAUAAUAACAUAAUAUCCUUUUACUAAAUUGUUGGUUACAACUAAAAUUAAUUCUAUUAAAAAAGCUAAAAUAAAUUCAAAAUUAGGAAGAUAAUAAUAAAAAUAUUUUAUAAGAUCAAUCAAAAGUUUGAGAAAUGGAACCAUCCCAUGUAUUGAUGUCUUUAUAGUGUCAAAAUCUUACCUUAUUAAUGUAAAUCAAAAAAAUUAAAGAAAAGCUUUAUUGUUCAAUUCAGAAACUGAAAAUGAAGAAGAAAUGAAAUAGCUUAGAAAUUCUAAUUUAUGUUUUUGGAUUACAGUUAUGGAUAGUUUAAAUUACUUUAAUGAAAGAUAAUGUUAAAUAACAGAAUUUAAAGAUAUUAUUGUUUACAUCAAUGACCCAUUAUAAUACGAAACUAUAUGUGUUGGAUAAAGAGUUUAAAUUAUAAAUGCAAUCUAAUUCAAUAAAGAAAUAAGUUUAAAAUUAACUAAAUCAUCAGGAUUUUAAUAUGAAUUAUAACAAUAUUAAGAUUAUUUCAAUAAAUUGUAAUUAAUAAAUAAUAAAUAUGAAAUGGAGAUUAAAGUAAAUAAUCACACUAAACUUGAAUUAUUAGAUGUAAUUGAAGGCAUCAAUGAUUAAAAUUAAAAUAUUAAAAUAGAAAUAUAAAAUAAUUUUUUUGGUGAUAUUUUAAAACAUCAAUAAAUGAAAAUGUUGAAAAUUACUUAAUUAAAUAAAAUUAAUAAUGAGAGAUUUCAAACUACAUAAAUGAGUAAAUUGAUAAAUAUUAUUAAUUAUAAUAAAUGA